AUGAAUGAGAGUGCCGGACUGUCAGGCUGUAGAGUCACAGAAGAAGGCUGUUCUUCCCUGGCUUCAGCUCUGAGGUCAAACCCCUCACACCUGAGAGAGCUGGACCUGAGCUACAAUCACCCAGGAGACUCAGGAGUGAAGCUGCUUUCUGCUGUACUGGAGGAUCCCAGCUGUAAACUGGAGAAGCUGCAUGUGGAUUACGGUGGAGAGUGCAGGACCAGAGCAGGCUUACAGAAAUACUCCUGCCAGCUGACGCUGGACCCCAACACAGCAAACAGACUCCUGUCUCUGUCAGGGGGGAACAGGAAGGUGACAGGGGGGGCAGAGCAGCCAUAUCCUGAUGAUCCAGAGAGAUUUGACAGAUGGCCCCAAGUUCUGUGCAGAGAGAGUCUGACUGGCCGCUGUUACUGGGAGGCUGAGUGGGAUGGAGAUGCAGUCCUGAUAGGAGUGACUUGUAAAGGGAUCGGGAGGAAAGGAUGGAGUUAUGACUGUGGGCUUGGAUACAAUGACAAGUCAUGGAGUCUGUGGUGUGAUACUGACAGUUACUCUGUCCUGCACAAUAAUAAAGAGACUCUCAUACCCAUACAGCCCUCAGGCUCCCGCAGAGUAGGAGUGUAUCUGGACUGGGGGGCUGGUGCUCUGUCCUUCUACAGAGUCUCCUCUGAUGGACUGACCCCCCUGUACAGAUUCACCUCCUCAUUCACUGAGUCCCUCUAUCCAGGGUUUUGGGUUUAUAGAAACUCCUCUGUGUCACUGUGACGUGUUGCUGGUUCUCCUGCAAAAAGGUAAAAUCUCUGCUUUUUAACCUUUAUUAUCCUUUUUAGUCUGAAAUGUACAGAACUGUGCAAAAGUCUUAGGCAGACAAAUAAAAUGAUGUUUAGAUUAUCCUCCUGUUGGUGUAAAACUAUGAUAUGAUGCCUGUCAAAGUGUGUCAGCUUCGCCAUUUCAGAACCUCUGCUAAAAUCAUCCUAGUAUUUGCAGUGACCGUCCAGUGCAGCCAUGUAUUUUUUGACUUGGCCACUAGCACACCUCAUACAGCUAGUCAAUCUCUCACUGACUUUUUAAACCAAUAUAUUUAAUUAUUUAACUGAGCUGUUGGUGAAAUUUGACAAAAUCAUGGAACGGCUGAGGUGCCCCUGAGGAGAUGUUUGGGAACUGAAGCGGUGUUCAUCUAGCCAUCCAACUAGAUAUCAGUAACUUUUUAGGAAACAGAAAAAAUUAUUACUAGUUUUUAUUGUGUUAUUCUUAAUUUGCACACGUUCUAAUGUUAAAUUGUGUAUUUUUUUCUAAGCCAAAGUACACUUGCUACCCAGAUAAACAGCUUUAAACAUUUCUUUGGACUGACUAAGACUUUUGCACAGUACUGUGUGUUUGACAAAAAAUAAAUGACUGUGUUCAGUGAGCUGAAUAAACAUGAAAAAUAUUGUUUUUUAUACGUUUUCUCUCUGACUAAAAUGUAAUUAAAUGUAAUCCUGAUUGGGGGGGGGCUUUCCCUGUAAAUGUGCAUUUUAUAUAUUUAUGUCCAUUUACUGUAUUCCCUCCCUGUACAGUGACAAUAAAGGCUUUCUGUUCUGUCCUA